CGCAUGCGUCGUGUGGAGCAGAAAUUUGCCGACUCAGAACUUAUGCGAUCCCGCCUCAACCGCGAAAACGCACGCUUGUGCGAUGAGUUGGAGAAACGCGAGAAUGAAACAGUAGCCUUGCGCAAACAGCUAGAUGAAGCAAGGAAAGCACAAAAUGCUAGUGUCAGUGGAGGUGGUGCUAGUAUUAAGGCUACCGACGAAGCAUCCCUAGCACCAUCUUCGUUCCCUGGCUCUUUUUCUACUUGGAAAGGAAGCCAAGGAUGCUUGGAGGGAUGCGAACGCGGUAGCUCUAAAAGUAGUAGCAGAAUGGGCGUUGGUGUUGGGCAG